GCGUGAGGUGGCCGUGGCGGACUUUGGGGCCGACCGAGGAGGUCGUCAUGGCUAUCGGUUUUGUGUUAGAACUCGAACCCCUUUCACAACUUGGCCCUUGACAUUUCGAGGAUACAUCUGACGACGACGAAGACCUCUCGUCUUCUGCAAAGCGACGACAAACAACACACGAAACAAUCUGUUCCCAUCGAAAGCCAGACCUCACCGAGAACCCCUGUUUCGCUAUCCCCUAAAUUCCGACAUCCUUCACCAUGUCCGAAGCCUACGAACGAGAGCGCCAGAACAACGCGCGCCUAGAUGAGCUCUCCGCAAAGGUCUCCGCCCUUCGAGGUGUGACAGUCGACAUUUACGAUAACGCUCGAGCCCAGGAUGUCAUCGACAACACCUCCGAUACCUUCUCCUCCAUGACCACACAGAUGAAGGGUUCUGCUGGCCGCUUAACUCGCAUGGCUGCAUCAGGCAACCGUGUCGCUAUUCUCAAGCUUUCGGGGAUCGUUAUUGGCGUUUUCUUGGUGUUAUUCUACGGGGCAAAACUGUUGUUCUAAGAUAUAAGCUGGACAGGGAACGAUCGUAAUACAGUGCAUCCGCUGUGAAGGGAAAACGGAUGUUUACUAGGUGGUAUACACAGAUGGUCAAGGGCAUCCAAGUGUUCACAGCUAAAAGGCUAAGGAGUUGUGUCUCAGGAUUUUUACUGUUUUCGCAGCGUUGGGCUGGCGUUAUUUGAAUACACUCACAUUGCUUCUCACCCGAACCAAUGUCAUAAUGGUC